GGUGAACUUGGGUUACUAAUGGCUUUUGGGCCGAUCGACUUAUUAGUAAAAACUAUAUACAUACAUACAUAUUUCCGGUGUAGGGGUUUGAUGUGACGCCCUUUAACUUGACGACGCACGCCUCUUGUACAAGCACACCAUAUUUGGUUUCCUUUCUUUUAACACGGCAUAUUAUUCUUACCUUCCCGGAUUCUGCACAUUGCUAUUUUUUGAGGAACCUGACGACAAGUUAUCAUCCCACGUACCCACGAUCUUUUAAGUUUCCAGUUCACCUACCCACGACAAUAAAUGGAUAUCGAGAAGAAACCUGUAUCUUCCCUCUCGUCCUUACAUAUACAGGAAGUUCACAACCCCAAUUGCGGAUCUGUUGGAGUGCUUUGACCACUAUCAUAUUGGUGGCGGAGAAACAGAAAAAGCUUAGUGAAGGUGCUCAUCAGGUUAUCCAAAACAAACCUCACGUAGAUAAAUUUGAAUUCCGGCAACAUGGCAAUGAAUCAAAGAAACGGUGGCUCUGUUGGGGAACUUGAUACCCCAUUAGAAGGUGAACGUCAAACCCCCGGGCACACCAGUCAAAACGGCAAUGGCAACCCCCACUAUUCUUUACCUUUAGGGAAUUCGUUAGAAGAGGCUCCGGAGGUUAGGAUUGAAAGGCUAGGUAGACAAAGGCCAGAGGUCUUCAAGUCACUAUGGGCGGAGAUUGGAUUUGUAUUUUCAAUUUCAAUGUCACAGGUGCUAACCGAAUACUUUGUUUCUGGUUUCACAGUCAUACUGCCCACUCUGGUCAGUAGUCUAGGAAUACCAUCAGCCUCGGCGACAUGGCCCGCCAGCGCUUUUUCGCUCACUCUGGCGUGCUUUCUUCUGGUGUUCGGCCGCUUGUCAGACAUGUAUGGAUCGUUUCCAGCAUAUGUAGCGGGUUUCAUUUGGCUUGCUUUGUGGAGCCUGAUAGGUGGGUUUUCAACUGAUCUUAUAAUGCUCAAUUUCUGUCGGGCUUUACAAGGGCUGGGUCCAGCGAUGUAUCUACCUUCAAGUGUAGCUCUCAUCGGUAUCAUAUAUCGACCAGGCCCACGGAAGAACUUGGUUUUCGCAAUUUAUGGAGCAUGUGCACCGCUGGGGUUUUUCGUGGGAAUUUUCUUCGCUGGAUUGGUAGCUGAGUACACCCAUUGGGGCUGGUGGUUCUGGAUUGGCUGCGUUCUCGCAGUCAUCACAGCCAUCACGUCAUACUUGACAAUUCCUUCUGAUAUUGCCAAAAAGCGGAAAGUUCGCGAGGCACGCCAGGGCACGGAUGAUCAAGUGAGAAUGGAUUGGUGGGGUGCAGUUUUUAUUGUCGUGGGACUGAUUCUCUUUACUUUCGCCAUCAUCGAUUCGGCCCAUGCACCAAAUGGCUGGAAGACACCCUAUAUCUACGUUUUAUUCAUUGUCGGGAGCUUGUUGCUUUUUGUUGCUGCAUACAUCGAGAUGCACACUAGGCAAGCUUUAAUUCCGAGCUCUUUUUUCAAAGUUCCCUCCAUGGUACCGCUUGUCUUUGCACUUUUCUUGUGCUACGGUUCUCUGGGGAUAUUCUUGCUCUAUGCCACAUUCUAUAUGACUGGCGUUAUGGGUGGUACCCCGUUACAGCUUGUCGCGUGGUAUGCACCAAUGGCUUUAGGCGGCUGCAUAAUUUCUACACUUGGUGGCUUUGUUCUCCACCUACUACCAGGAACGGCCCUUAUCGUCACAGCUGGAGUAGCCUGGAUCGUUGCACCAUUGCUAUUUGCUAUUGCACCGUCAGGCGCCAAUUAUUGGGCAUAUAUAUUCCCUUCCAUGAUAUGUGCAACAAUUGGUAUCGACAUAACGUUCACAGUGGCUAACAUAUUCUUCACUACUUCCUUAUCGGAAUCACAGCAGGGUCUUGCUGGCUCCAUGGUGAUGCUCAUUCUACAUUUGGGUAUUGCAGUUUGUCUUGGAUUUUCAGAUAUCAUCAACACUUACACUUUAGAUCGUUUGGGCUUGAGACAGAGUUAUCACGCAGUAUUUUGGUUCGAAGUUGCCUGCGCAGGUGUUUCAUUGAUAAUAAUGGCACUCUUCGUCAAAAUCAAGAGAGCAGAGAGUGAAUUGACUGUCGACGAGAGAAUGGCGGCGAUGAAUGACAUGCAAUUGGAUCAAUCGACGACUGGGGCGAGAAACAUGGGUACGGACAGUGCAGAUGGUGCAGAUGAUGGAAAGUUGAACUGAUUUCUCACGCGCCAAAAAGCAUGCUAUAUAUCUGGAUCUAUGAAUUUAUGCGAAGUUAAUACCCUCAGGUCGUUGGAUUUUAGGAGUUUGUGGAUUAGAGCGAGAUGAAGUAGAAUAGAAAUGCACUACUCCAUUUUUUCCUAUGAUGUGUUUGAGCAAUACUUCGGGAUAUGCGUCA